AAGCAGACCUCAUAGGAACUCAGAACAAGUAGGAGAAAAGAUUUUUUUUGAUUUUUUUUUUUCCUUGUUCUUUUUCUUUUCAAAGAUGAACCUAACUGCGCUCAAAGCUUUCAUGGGCUUGCUCUGGAAUUGCUGGGUUCUGGUGGGUCACGCACAGGGAGGUUUAGGAGACAAUCAUGUCCAUUCGAGUUUUAUUUACAGGAGACUGCGGAACCAUGAGAGAAGGGAGAUUCAGAGAGAGAUUCUCUCUAUCCUGGGUUUACCUCACAGACCCAGACCAUUUUCACCAGGAAAGCAGGCUUCUUCUGCACCCCUCUUCAUGCUGGACCUGUAUAAUGCCAUGACAAAUGAAGAGGAUACGGAGGAGCUGGAGUAUUCACUAAAGGGAUCAAUGGCAGGGGAGAGCAGAGGGAUACGGAAAGGAUACCCUGCCUCUCCAAAUGGAUAUUCGCGGAGAAUACAAUUAUCUCGCAUGACCCCCCUGACCACACAGAAUCCUCCCUUAGCCAGCCUGCACGACACCAACUUUCUGAAUGAUGCUGACAUGGUCAUGAGCUUUGUCAAUUUAGUUGAAAGGGACAAGGACUUCUCCCACCAGCGAAGGCACUACAAAGAGUUUCGCUUUGACCUUACUCAAAUCCCGCACGGAGAGGCAGUGACAGCAGCCGAAUUCCGGAUAUACAAAGACCGAAGCAACAGCCGCUUUGAGAACGAAACAAUUCAGAUUAGCAUAUAUCAGAUCACCAAGGAGUACCCAAACAGGGAUGCAGACUUGUUCCUGCUAGACACAAGAAAGGCUCAAGCUUCUGAUGUGGGCUGGUUUGUGUUUGACAUUACUGUGACCAGCAAUCACUGGGUGAUUAAUCCACAGAACAAUCUGGGCUUGCAACUCUGCGCUGAAACCGGGGACGGUCGAAGUAUCAAUGUUAAAUCUGCUGGCCUGAUUGGAAGACACGGGCCUCAGUCAAAGCAACCAUUCAUGGUUGCGUUCUUCAAGGCAAGUGAAGUGCUUUUCCGUUCUGUCCGAGCAGCCAACAAUAAAAGGAAAAAUCAGAACCGCAACAAAUCCAGUAGUCAUCAGGAGUCUUCUAGGAUGCCAAGUGUUGGGG